AUGAGCAGGCUCCUCAAAAGCGGCGUCUUCUCAGACUGCGAAGUGAAAUGCGACGGCAAGACUUGGAAGCUUCACAAGUCGAUCCUGUGCAUUCGCUCUGGAUACUUCAAUAGCUGCCUCACGAAUGGCUGGCCGGAAGGCAAGACUGGCUGUGUUGAGAUUACGCUCUUCACUAAGGAGCAGAUGGACUGGAUCAUCUCCUACAUCUACACUGGCAAAUUCGACUUUGAUCGCCACUACAAUAACAAGACGUUUCUCCACACAGCGGUGCAGCUCUGGACCUUGGGCGACUACUUUCUAGUGCGCAACCUCUGCGACGAUGUGGAAUGCAGACUCAGCGCCUUUAUACCUCGGUCUCUGAACAACGCCAUUCUCCGCGGAUUCCAACUCGACGCCCAAGACUGGCUCAACGCCGGCCGACUGAUUUACACCGACUUCAACGUUGUGGACAGCAAGCACGUUCUCAAGGCCGAAUUCCUGAAUCUUACGCUCGGUAAGACGUGGGCCCGCAAGCUGAACCUUCGGAUGCCUGAGUUCAAGACCCUGUGCCAGAGCCACCCCAAGUUUGGAAAUGACUGCAUGGUCAAGCUUGUGGAUGAUGGCAUUAGCAAGCUCCAGUGA